CAUGUCGUAAGCUUCUUGCUAGUCACUAUGGACCUAAGGGACUCAACAACAUUGGAGUCCAUUUCAAUGAACGUAAUACCGCCUCCUGUGCCACAGCCAGUGAAGACGUUGUACAGGGGUGAACCGAUGGCCCUGGGGAUCACACAGAUCUUGAUCGGCAUCUUUGAAUUCACUUUUGGGCUUGUGAGAGCCAUGGCAGCAUAUGGUAUACAUUACUAUAGCCCUGACCAUCAUAUCACAACUCCAUAUUGGAUGGGAAUUCUGUACAUCAUUUCUGGAUCCCUGUCUGUGGCAGUUGCCAGGAACCCCAAGGUAUCACUGGUGAAAUUCAUGCUGGGGAUGAAUGUUGUGAGUUCCGUAGGAGCUGGCACCGGGAUUAUCUUGCUCUCCAUUUCGAUAGCACAUUCAAGAUACUACUAUAUGUGCGAUCCAUAUUAUACCAGGAGCGUACCGACUGAAAUUUGCCGUGAAUUCAUUACCAUCCCUGUGAAUCAAAUGCAGAGCAUAUCUGCGGUUCUCCUGGCCUUUACCAUCCUGGAGUUCUUCAUCACCAUCACCACGGCUGCCUUUGGGUGUACCAGCCUGUGCCGGAACAGCUUUAGCGAAACGACUGUUGUGAUUUAUCAGUAUGCACCCCAGGAAGACCUCCCGGCUUCCCUGCCAGCAAAAGGAAAAGAACAGAAACUGAGAUAA